CGCAAAACAGAGAGAACAGCAAUCAGAGCCCUCUUUCUCCGCUCAGACACCCCGCUCACCAAUCACUCUCCGAAGUCGAACCGCCCCAUCCGCUAUCAUCCGAGGAAAACAAAGAGAACCAAAUCGCAGUAAUCGCCGCUCAACUGCAUCCACAUCCACAACUGUCGCUAGUGAGGAGACCGUCAUCGACAAGAAAGGGAAGAAACGCGCCGCCCCGGAGCCUUCACCGUCACCAUCGUCCUCCAGUGCCGAAAUCGACGAAGAACUAUCGACGAACCCCUCUCCUCCGAAGAAAGUCCGUAGGACUCGCAACUCUAACAAGGUUACAUCAGAACCAAGUGCCAAUUCUACAAAGUCACCGCAGACAAAGAAGUCCAUGAGUAAAAGGAGUAAAACAACCACCGCGGGUGCCAAAGGCAAAGCCACGAGGUCAAGGAUGAGUGGCGGGUCAUCUACUCUUCUUGAUGGUGAUGUCGAGAUGUUUGAUGCGGACAUGCCAUUCGAAAAUGACUACAUUGAUGAAUCCAUGGACACUCAAGAGAAACCUCUAGAACGUGGCGAAGCAGACGAUUCGGACGGUCAUCACGGUCAGUCAAGGGAUGAUGGAGAUACCUCUAAAAGCAAGGCUGAGGCUGCAAGUGCUACUACUGCCUCAUUGGAUGCUCCUGGUGCCCCAGCGACAUCAUCAACUGACCCGCUGGCUAUGUUUGCUGGCGAUGCGUCGUCCGCCGCCAUGGCACUCUUCGGCAGCGAUUUCCGCUCUCUUGGUGCUCAUAUGUUGGCUCAGUCCACGAAACUUAAAGGAUAUCUCGCCGCCCUCAAGCCUACCUCCGAUGCUACUGUUCGCUUUGCGGCACUUCAGGAGCUCAACGAGCUUCUUGUUAUGAGCAACGAAGACACGCUCUCCGGGUAUUUUCAGGUUGAUUCAUUUGUUAAGGAGUUAGUGGGUAUCUUGGGUGGAAAAUCGCCAGUAUCAGAUGAUGAAGAUGGUGAUGAUCUAGAGGAGGAUCGUGAUGAAGAGGACGAGGAUGCUGCUCUCGCGGCUGCUCUUGCCAUGAGCGGUGGUGGGGUUACUCAAGGGGACGAAAACCCUGAGGCCCAAGUACUUGCCAGUCGAUGUCUGUACAACUUGAUGGAAGCGCUACCGGGGACUGCACAUACCGUUGUCUAUCACGGAGCCAUUCCUGCCUUGUGUAGCAAGCUCCUGGAAAUUACUUUCAUUGAUUUGGCGGAGCAAAAUAUCAGUACAUUGGAUAAGAUUACCGAAGAAUGCGCAGGAGCCGUCGCUCGUCAAGGUGGCCUUCCAGCGCUCCUCAACUUCCUCGACUUCUUCAAUACUUCCGUUCAGCGCACAGCGCUCCAUGCGGCUGCAAAUUGCUGUCGCAACGCAUCGGCCGAGAUUUUCAAGACGAUCCGCGGCGUCUUCCCUAUACUUCGGAACGUCUUGUCUUAUCCCGAUCAGCGUCUUGUUGAGAGUGCGGCUCUUUGCGUCAUCAGGAUUAUAGAAAGCUACCAUCGAUCGCAAUCGGAACUGCUCGAGGAGCUUCUUCUUCAGGACGAUUUGGGGGUUAUUAGGGCAAUCAACAACUUGCUGAAUCCCGCGGCAGGCAGCCCAGUGACCUCAGGCUCCACGUAUACGCUCCUCUUGCGCGCGCUGAGCACUGCCGCAAAAUCGAGCCCUAAGAUUGCCAUAGCUCUCCUUGAGGCAGAUAUCGUCAAUAUAAUUUAUCAGCUCCUUACUGGCGUUCUGCCUCCCAGCGAAGUCUCGAGGAGUGCUGCUGAAUCGUUGGCAGAUAUGACCGUGAUGCAGAACCUGGCACAUCGGCCGAAGGAUCAGGUAGAGGAAGGGCUCAGCCUCGUUUCGGAACUCAUGCCUCCAUUACCUAAAGGCAAGCUGGUCGGACGGACAAAUGGCGUUUUUGAUCAGCGGGCGUAUUCUGAGAAGGCUCUCGCACGCCUUGCCAAAGCCAAGACGAAGGCGGAGCGUGCCGCAUCGAGGACCAGUCGAUCAGCAGGCGUGGAUACACCACCCACGGACGAGAAUGUGGAAGUUGUCGAAUCGAAAGACCCCACUUCAGGGCAGGACCCUAUCACGCGUGUCUCGCCUCCUAAUGCGCUGUUGGAACUCCCUUCCGCACUGGCUGUGACAUCGUCUGAACCACGGCAGAGUGCUUCAGCAACGCGCCUCUUCAUGCUCCGUUCCAAACCUGAGUUAGUGAAUAAAUUCAUGGGUCUUAUCAUCCCUGUUUUGGUGGAGGUUUAUGCGGCAAGCGUGGCGCUCACUAUCCGCACAAGGACAUUAACUACGCUCCUAAAAGCGUUGUCAUUCCUGGACAGUACAUCACUUUCAAAAAUUGUUGAGAAUGUCCCUGUGGCCAGUUUUAUCGGGUCCAUUUUAUCCUCCAAAGACCAGCAAUCUCUCGUAGCCAGUGCCCUUCAACUUGUUGAACUUUUCCUUAUCACGCUUCCAUCCGAAUACACGGCUGCCUUUCGGCGCGAGGGCGUUUUGCACGAAGUGCUGGCUAUUGCGGAUCAGGAGCUUAGCCCGAAGAUUAAAGCCGAGCCCAACAGUUCCUCUAACACCCCGGUUCCAGAAGACGUCCCCAGUAUUGGUGCCUCAUCCCUGGUCAUCUCAUCGACAUCCCUCAGGCGUUCCGCUCCUUACCCGGAUUCGCAGGACGCUAACAUUCUCCGUGCUCGUGUGAUCAGGCUCAAGUAUCUUUCAUCGCCAUCUGUUUCUUCUCUUGCUAGUGGGAAGGAUACCUUUGCUUUGUUACAGAACCUCGUGCGAGGGCUUACUAAUACCUCCGCUAGUGAGACUGAAUUCGGAGCAGUGCUUGAGGGCAUCGCUAAGCUAUUCGAGGACAAAGAUACUGGCCUAUCAAGCUUCGAGCUAUUGCAAAGUGGACUUGUCGAUGAGCUUUUGACGUUUUCAACUGCCGAGGGGCAGGAAGUUCACCUGGAUCGUCGCCGCGCCCUCCUUAUUUCCGCCCUGAGCCCUCCGAACAUUUCGCGCACAUCUUCCCCCUUUGCGACCUUAGUCAAGCGAUUACAAGAGAGUCUGACAAGAAUUGAGUCUUUUGAGGUUGUCACAGUAAACCCAGCUGGCGAUGAUUCAAGGCGUAACUCGGCGUCUCUUCUUGCGCGACAGCUGAGGCUCCGACUUGUAGGAGAGGGUGCCGACGUACCGAAGAGUUGCACAAACAUCACCGUCUCCAUUCAUGCCAUCGCCACCUUCCAAGCGUUGCAUGAUUAUCUCCGGCCGAGAUUGUCGUCCCAAGGUCUGCCCCCCUCUCGCAUAUCCGGCAUGCUUGCUGCUUUUGCAGCGGCGGCAGGGUUACCGCCCGGUGCCCUUUCUCGGCCACCUCCAGGCCCUGCCUCCCAACUAGGUUCAGAACUUGCUGGUGAUAAUGCUGAUCCGCCUAUAGCUUCCACCACUCAAUUGGGGCCAUCAUCUUCGACAGCCGACAGCUCCCUGACAGCUCCACCAGCAGCAUCAAAGGGUACCAAAGAGCCCAAACGGGAGCCUACGAGACGCAGCCGGCGGUUGAGUGCAAAGAGCGCUGCGACUUCAGGGGCUUCAACUCCUGUUGGAUCUGGCGUUCCAGUGACCGGCGGCAUCCCUUCACUAGCUCCUACAGGGCUGAGUGUUGCUUCUAACGACCUUGUUGAAAUGGAUGGUCAAGAUGACAAUUUUGUGGAUGCGGAAGUUGAUGCCCAGAUGUUCAAUGGUGGGGGGAAUGAAGCUCCACCAGCCGACGGGAGAACUGUCAGUGUUGCCGUGGCAGAUGAAGGCAAGAUUGUUGCCCAGACUCCUGAAGGUACCCGUGUUGCAACACCCAACUCGAUCCGGGACAAGGAUCCUUCUUCUGCGCCUCCGCCAUCCUCGAGCCGACGGUCCUAUGCCUCUGCCGUGAAGGCACCGCCCACUGACUGGCAUGUCGAGUUCUCUAUAGACGGACAUCGGAUUCCGCUAGACACUACUGUUUACGGGGCCAUUCAUCAACACGAAGCAAGAAAAUCGAACAAGCCCUCGCAAUACCUUGGGUCCAUAUGGGCAGGUGUGCACACUGUCAAAUUCAAGAAGGUUUUAGGGCCGGCGCCUGUAGUCAGCACCGCAGAUGCGCUCGAAAGGUUCACCAGUUCAGCCUCAAUAUCUGACGAUUCCGUCACAUCUAGAGUCCUUCGACUCCUUCGGGUUUUGUAUGAAAUUAACACGGACCUCACAGAGGAGAGCCUAAAUUUCGUAAACGCCCGCGCCUUGCCAGAACCAGCGUUCGUCAACAACAAGCUGACGGCUAAAUUGACUCGUCAGUUGGAGGAGCCAAUGAUUGUUGUGAGCGCUUGUCUUCCCGACUGGGCAACAGACCUGCCUCAGAACUAUCCCUUCCUCUUCCCGUUCACGACGCGCUUCACUUUCCUUCAAUCCACUUCGUUUGGUUACGCACGGCUUAUGAACAAAUGGCAGACUCAAAGCAGUCGGAAUAACGAUAGUUCAUCACGUCGCGACGACAGCACUCACUCGCUUGGGCGGCUUCAACGACAAAAGGUUAGAAUUUCGAGAAAGCACUUGCUUGAAUCCGCUAUCAAGGUUCUGGAGUUGUAUGGCUCUUCGAGUUCUGUUCUCGAGGUUGAAUACUUCGAAGAAGUUGGGACAGGCCUCGGGCCCACCCUUGAGUUCUAUUCCUUGGUGUCGAAAGAAUUUGCAAGACGUAACAUCAAAAUGUGGCACGACAAUGACAUAAACGUCCUGGGACCGUAUGUUCACCAUCCAUUGGGCCUAUAUCCAAUGCCUUUUGGCUCCUCAGACCUCGCGAAAGAGGGGAAAGGAAUGGGAAAGAAAAGAUGCGACAUCUUCCGGCAUCUUGGACAAUUUGUUGCAAAAGCACUUCUAGAUUCACGCAUUAUUGACAUAUCCUUUAAUCGUGUUUUCUUACGCCUGGUGCUUGGCCGCGAUGUCCCCCGGUCCAUUGACACAUUAAUGGCCAUUGACAGUGGACUUGGAAGGUCAUUGGCUAGAGUACAGGAAUAUGCUACGGCAGCUAAACGGAUUCGUGAGGAUCGAACAUUGACUGAGUCCGAAACGAUGACAGCUUUGGCUUCUCUCCGCAUCAAUGAUGCCUCCCUCGAUGAUCUUGCUCUGGACUUCACGACCCCUGGGUAUGAUAUCGAGCUCCAGCCUGGUGGAACCAGCGUCAAUGUCAAUUAUACCAAUGUGCAGGAAUACAUUGACUUUGUUCUAGAUCAGUUCCUUGGGCGUGGGGUGCAGGCGCAGGUUAAGGCAUUUCGUGAAGGGUUUUCGAAGGUUUUCCCAAUUUUAGACCUUCAAAUAUUCACUUCCGACGAGAUUCUCACCAUUUUUGGAAACUUGGAAGAAGACUGGAGUACUGAGACACUCUCCGAGGCCCUCAAGGCGGAUCAUGGCUUCAAUACGGACAGCCGUCCUUUCCGGGAUCUUGUACAGGUGAUGUCGUCAUACGACCUCGGUGCCCGCAGGGAGUUCCUACAGUUUAUGACCGGAAGCCCGAAACUGCCUAUUGGAGGCUUCCGCGGAUUAAAUCCCCCGCUCACGGUGGUACGAAAACCCCACGAAGCACCACUCACACCAGACGAUUACCUCCCUAGCGUAAUGACCUGCGUCAACUAUUUGAAGCUUCCUGCCUAUACUUCAAAAUCAGUCCUGGGGGCAAAACUGCAAAUUGCCAUGAAGGAAGGGGGUGGAAGCUUCCAUCUGUCAUGAUGUCAGUUACAUUGCCAUUGUUGUUUUCAUCUAUACCGCUCUCGCAACUAUGUGGACAAGCAUCCAAGAUGUGCUAUUUACCUUCAUGCAUGAAUAGAUAAUCCAUGUGCUGUUGUUAAUCGUCC